GUCUCGUCGGCGGGAUGGCGAAGAGGAAGUCGCGGAAGGCGAAGGCGGCGCCGCCGAAGAAGGCUUCGAAGCUGGACACGGCGUUCGACUGCCCCUUCUGCAACAACAGGGCCAGCGUGGAGUGCACCAUCGACCUCAAGCACCUGAUCGCCGUGGUCUCGUGCGGCAUCUGCAAGGAGUCCUACUCCACCUCCGCCAACGCGCUCACGGAGCCCAUCGACGUCUACAGCGAGUGGAUCGACGCCUGCGAGAGCGUCAACGAGGGCGUCGACACCCGCCGCCGCCGGAGCUGCGACGACGACGACGAUUUCUGA